CCGACGUUCUUCUUCUCAGUUACUCAGUAUUCCUCUGGAUGUGAAAGGGGUGUGUCGCGCCGCUCCUGAACCGCGUUCUUCUCUGCUACACUUCGGACAAUCUCCUCCACGUUCUUGGAACAGAAACAUGUGGCGAGUUACUGCCAAACUGUGACGUUCAAUAACCAUUUUUUCCACUAUGAAGGGGAGAUGUGGACUUCAGACUUGUGCUAGUCAAGUGUUUUUCAUUUGUGCGAACAAUCUGAUAUGCCAGUUAUGCUAGUGUUACUUUGUCCAGGACUUAUUUGCCUUGAGAAAUAUUCUAGAGAAAGUGCUCUUUCUAGAAAGGAAGCCACAAUGAACUCACAUAAUCAUUUAGACUUUUUGGAAGGACAUUCGGAAGCAUGAAUGUCUGGAUCGGAAUGUUACAAUCGUGAGUGAAUGUUUUUAGCAGAGAUAGACAAAUUUUAUGAACACAUAAAAAGCGUUGAAUGAGAAAAAUUUAAAAAAUAAAAUAUAUAUUGGGAACGCCUGGAAAACAGGCAUGUAAAUAUAUAAAUCUUGAUGAAUCAUAUAAAAGACUGAAAAUGAAAAUGAAAAAAAUGAAAAAAGUGAUAAAAAUGAUAUGUUGUGAUUCUCGAAUUAUUCAAGACUGAGAAAGUAAAAAAAUAAAAAAAUAAAUAAAAAACUAAUAGAAAUGAAAUAUAGUAAAAGUGUGAUUGAGAAGUGUUUUUAAAUCAAGUAUAUUUUCUAAAAGCUUGAAAAGGACAAAAAUAAGAAUAAUAGCAAUAAAAAAGAAACGUGUAAAGACAAUGGAAAAAUAGAAAUCACGAAGCGUGUAUUGCCAACCCCUGUAAAUAUCAGAGAAGGAACACAAUAAAAAAAUAACAAUAAUAAAAAGGGAUAGACCAACUCCUAACAGGAAAAAAACAUGAAUCAUGUACCUACGAGGCAUAUGAAAACCGCCACACCCAAGAACAAAACAGUAAAGAGGGAAUAACGAAGGAAAAAAAAAAAAAAAAAGAUAAAAGUGAAGACGUCGCAACGUGAAACUUGAUGCCGAUACCGGCAGCUGCCUCCUCCAGCCUAUAAUGCAGGUGACGAACGCCAUCAUCUGGACGAUAUGCGCCAGCAUCAUCGUGUUCAUCUGCGUCCUGUGGUUCGUCAUCUGUUACAUAGGCCUCUGCAGGCUCCGGAGGAAGAACAGGGCCCUCCUGCCUGUCUUCAACCUCCAUUCGUCCAGAGGAAGCUCUCCUUCGAGAUAUUGGGGAAAUGGCCACAUUACUCACAGUCACAGUCACAGCCCGGAUGAAAAAUUGUCCACCAUCUCCAGAUACUGGACGAUCGACCGGAGCUUGGCGAGGAAGCGAGAGAGAAGCGGAGGGAGUUAUGGUCGCAUCAAACGGAAUUUGCGCGAACGGGGCCAACUCUUCGAAGACACCGAAUUCACCACCACCGCCAAGUCCCUCUACCACAGCAAGAAGCCUCCCGUGGGACCCUUCAUCUGGAUGAGGCCCCACGAGAUCUGCGCCAGACCGAAGUUCAUAGCCGACGGCGCCACACGCUUCGACGUCGAGCAAGGCGACUUGGGAGACACUUGGCUCCUGCAGGCGGUGUCGACACUGACCCUCACGCCAAAGUUUCUCGACAGGGUGGUUCCUCCAGACCAGGCCUUUGAUCACACCUACUGUGGCAUCUUCAGGUUUCGGUUCUGGCAUUUCGGGGAGUGGGUCGAGGUCAUCAUCGACGACCGCCUGCCCACCUUCAAGGGUCGACUGGUCUACCUGCACUCGACAGACCCCUCCGAGUUCUGGGCAGCUCUGCUCGAGAAGGCUUAUGCCAAACUCUACGGGAGCUACGAGGCGCUUCAGCAAGGUUUCACCACCAGAGCUCUUCAGGACCUGACUGGAGGCAUCGUGCAGAGCUUCAGCCUGACCCAGCAGGACAAAUUCCUCACCUACCAAGUGCUGAAUUCGGCUGUUCCUCGUUCCACGCUGCUCGUCGCCUCCAUCAACUUGGAAAAGGAUAACAAGAGGAACUUGAGACUGAGAAACGGGCUUGUGACCCAGCACGCCUACAGCGUUACAGGGCUUGCCAGAGUCAGAAGCAAGUUGGGGGAGACGCCCCUGGUCAGACUAAGGAACCCCUGGGGGCGUGGGGAAUGGAACGGCCCUUGGAGUGAACGUUCCUGGGAAUGGAUCGCCUUAUCAGACAGAGACAAGGAACUCCUCUCAGUCAGAGUCAGGAAUGAAGGGGAGUUCUGGAUGGCCUUCGACGACUUCGCGCGUCACUUCACUCAUCUCGAUCUAGUCCACGUCGGCCCAGAUGACUGGAUGAACGAGCCGGCCCUUCAUUCCAAGAAGCCCUGGAGGGCGGUGCUCGCGCGCAGGAGGUGGAGAGCUGGCUACAACGCCGGAGGUGGACCUCAGCAUGUUGAGACGACGGCCAUGAACCCCCAGUUCCACGUGCAGAUCCCACGAGCGGGGCUCUCCAAGUGUCACGUCGUGGUGUCCGUCACGCAGCAGUACGACACUUUCCUCUCGGCUCUGGACAACAAAAAGAAGCAUCUGCUCCACCCGAUAGGCUUCGCAGUCUACGAGGUCCCGCCCAAUAUGACGAGACUGACCACCACCUUCGUCAGCGAGCACAGGCCGAUGGACGUGACCUCACACAGCAUGGCGCGAGAGACGGUGACCUUCUUCACCCUGCCCCCCGGGGACUACAUGGUGGUGCCUCACACUGCCCAACCCAACGCCGAUACCAAGUUCCUCCUCAGGAUUCUCACUGACGAACAGAGCAACAUCUGGGAGGUGAAUGAGGACAACAUGGUUUUCAGAUCGAUCAGUCUGGAAAGAGUCGACGAUGGGAAUGAACAGCGUGAGGGCCGAAUCAUGAUGCAGAAAUUAUUGAGCAAAUACCCACCUGAGAUGGAUCCGCAUAUGUUGCAUAAGUUCCUCAAAACACACUGGAAAUUGUUCUUAGCAGAGAAGCCAAGCUUAGAGUUAGUUAAAAGUAUCAUCAUGUUAAGAGACUUUAACAUCAGCGGUCGGGUGUGUCUUGUUGACGUUCCUGGAAUACUCAUCAUGUUGCAGUUUUGGAGGACUGCUUUCCUGAAAUUCGACCGAAGCCACUGUGGCAAGACGUCCUCCUACCACCUGAGGCCGGCUCUGUGGGAGGCCGGGGUGACGGUAUCCAACAAAGUCCUCGAAUGCUUGGUACUGAGGUUUGCCAAGAACAGGAUCCUGACCUCGGAGGCCUUCCUCAUGGCGCUUGUGAGGCUGCAUCUUGCUCACGAACGGUUCCACAGCAUCGAUACCAAAAUGAAAGGAAAUCCACUGUCAUUAGAAGAGGUAAGUUUUAUUUUUAGGAAUGACUUGAUAUAUAUUUCAAAAUCAUGUAUAUAUGGAUAUUUGAUUUACGGAAAAGUUCACAGAAAUUAUGAUUCUGAUGACGACAUACUCUGA